AUGACCUCGAUUGCCUCAGAGUCCGUCGCCUCAAUCAUGGUGACCUGCAAGCAAACGAGGUUCCGCAUAGAGACCAACCCUGAGUAUCGAGAGCUGGACAUUGAAGGCCUCAACAUUACCCUCGCCUCCGCCCCGCCGCCCGAACCGGGCGGUCCCAGUGCCGGCGCCAAGGGGAAAGGAAGAUCCAAGGCCAAGUCGCAGGGCCUGGAGAUCUUGACCGAUGCCAAGCUGCGCCUCAAGGCUGGUCAGCGUUACGUCCUCGUCGGGCGGAACGGGGCAGGCAAGUCGACGCUGUUAAAGGCAAUCGCCGAGAAGUUGAUACCAGGCAUACCAGAAGCCACUCGCAUCUCGAUCCUGCAGCAGACCGAUGCCACCCAUGAGACUGCGCUCGGCGUCCAGAGCCCAUCGUCCAACGGAAAGAUACUGUCCACCUUGGAUGAGAUUGUGGAAAGGGCUACUUCACGUAGUGAGCUCGAGCAAGAAAUAGGCGCUUUAACCACCGGCAUCAACGAUACCACCAGUGCGACUGGUGCCUUGCGGGCCCUCCGAAAAAUAAAGCACGACAGGCAACAGAAGCGGCUUUUUGUGCUAGACAAAGACGCGCGGUUGCGAAGCGGUGCUCGUGGUCUACAGGCGCGCAAGGCUUUGACUGAAUUCGAAAAGGAGGUGGCAGCCUCCGUCUUGGCAACCACUCAAGCAGAUGAAGCAAUACCACCAGAGGCUAUACGGGAUGAAACACAAGAAGCGAUCGACAUGCUCGUAGAUUUACAAACCAAAGUCGAGCCGUCGCGACUCGCCGAGGUUGAAUCUCGCGCAAAGAGGAUCCUCACAGGCCUGGGCUUCACGGCAGAGUCGAUGGCCAGACCAAUAUCGAGCCUCUCUGGCGGCUGGCGCAUGCGAGCGUCUCUGGCGGCUUGCCUUCUGCAGGAGACCGACAUCCUGAUCCUGGACGAGCCGACCAACUUUCUCGACCUCCUCGGCAUCAUAUGGCUGCAAAAAUAUCUAACCUCGCUAGGCGAGGACUCGGACGGCACCGCAGCAUCGCCGCCGACGACGCGGGCCCCGACUUUGAUCCUUGUCUCGCACGACCGCGACUUCAUCUCGCUGUGCACCGAUCUGCUAAUCCUCAAGGACAAGGACCUGGUCUACUAUCACGGCGAUCUGGCGUCGUACGAGUCGUCCACGGCCGUGCGCAGACAGCACCUGAAGCGGAUGAAGGAGGCUAAGGACCGGCAAAAGGCGCACAUGCAGGAGACGAUCGCGCGCAACAUGCGCGAGGGCAAGAAGAACAACGACGACACCCGCGUCAAGCAGGCCAAGAUGCGCCAGAAGAAGCUCGAUGACCGCUGGGGCCUCGAGGUCAACGCCAAGGGCGGCCGCUUCAAGCUCAACCGAGACCUGGUCGGCUACCACUUCACGAUGCGCGACGAGAUCGAGGUCCCGCCCGAGGAGCGCGGCGUCGUCAUAAACGUGCCCGACCCCGCCGAGUUGCGCUUUCCGGGAUCGCUGCUCAGCCUGGAGAACGUCUCGUUCCGGUACCAGGGCGCCGCCAAAGCCUCACCCCCGGCCCUUCAAGACGUCACGCUAUCCGUCGGCAUGGGCGACCGGAUCGGCAUCAUCGGGCUCAACGGCGCGGGCAAGUCCACCCUGAUCCGAUUGCUCGUCGAAGCCGACAAGCCCACCUCGGGGACCGUGACCCACCACCCUCGGCUGAAGCUGGGCUACUACUCGCAGCACGCGGUCGAGGCGCUGCAGGACCUCGGGCGGGCCGAGCCGACGCUGACGGCCCUGGCGCUUUUGAUGCGCGAGACGGUCGAAGCUGGCCUUUCCGAGGGCGAGAACCGCGCGUUUCUGGGCGCCCUGGGCCUGCCCGGCCGGCUGGCGUCAGACGUGCCGCUGCACAAGCUCAGCGGUGGGCAGGCGGUGCGGUGCGAGCUGGCGCGUCUGCUGUGGCGCCGCCCACACUGCCUCGUGCUCGACGAGCCGACCACGCACCUCGAGUACGAGACCGUGACGGCGCUGCGGGAUGCGCUGCGGGACUGGUCCGGAGCCGUGGUUCUGGUUAGCCACGACCGGUGGUUCGUGAGAGGCGUUGUGGAGGGCAUCAUGGACCACGACGAGGUCGGGGGUAGUGGUGGUGACGAGGACGAGGACCAUGAGGCCGAUUCUCUGCGCCGGAGGAUCGUUUAUCGGGUCAGGGCGGGCAAGAUGAGUGUUUUGGGAGGUGGCGUGCAAGAAUUCGAGAACAUUAUGGAGAAGAAGGUCAACAAGAUGCUGUGA